AUUUCAUUCGCAUAUUUAGUUCAUCUCAUCUUUCUCUUCAUGCCAUUUUUACAUUUGACUGCUCAGGUGCUUCUCAUUAUCUCACUACACUAGUGAGCAUCUUCAGGUAAGCCUGAAUAUGGCACAGAAUGCGCCGAGUUGUUGUCACAGGCCUCGGUGCUAUCACGCCUCUGGGCGUGGGUGCUAGGCAUACUUGGAAUAGGCUGAUAGCUGGCCAUUCUGGGAUCGUGAGUGUCGCAGGCUUUGAGCCUCAAAAACAAUGGCGCGAGCUUACUAGUACUGUCGCCGGCAUCGUACCCAAGUCAGGGAUGGCCGAGGACCAAUGGCGACCAGACCGUUGGCUAUCUGCCGUAGACCAACGGCGUAUGUCUACCUACACUCAAUAUGCAAUAGCCGCCACAGAAAUGGCCCUCGAGGAUGCCGCGUGGAAGCCACGCAAGCAAGAGGAUCUAGAAUCAACCGGGGUCUGCUUUGGAAGCGGCAUCGGAAAUUUGGAUAUGAUGUACACUACCAGCCUCGCGUACGAACAAGAUGGCUACAAAAAAGUGUCGCCGCUCUUCGUGCCCAAGAUACUCAUCAAUCUAGCAGCAGGACAUAUUGCGAUGAGAUAUGGGUUCCAAGGCCCCAAUCACGCCGUGAGUACAGCUUGCACUACAGGGGCACAUUCUAUCGGAGACGCCUCUCGCUUCAUUGCGUUUGGAGAUGCCGAUGUCAUGGUGGCUGGUGGCGCUGAGUCCUGUAUUCAUCCUCUCACCUUUGCAGGAUUUGGGAGGUCGCGUUCGUUAUCAACAGGCUUCAAUGAUGAUCCGCCCUCGAGCUGUCGGCCUUUCGAUCAUCGGCGCGAUGGGUUUGUCGUUGCCGAAGGUUCAGCCGUGGUUGUUUUAGAGGAACUAGAACACGCCAAGGCCAGAGGUGCUCAUAUUUAUGCCGAAUUGAAAGGCUACGGGUGUAGUGGUGAUGCAUAUCACAUGACAGCUCCCCGCCAAAAUGGUUCAGGGGCAUAUCUCGCCAUGAAAAAGGCAUUGAAGCAUGCUGGAAUCAAACCUCGUGAGGUUGGUUACAUUAAUGCGCACGCGACUAGCACUCCGGUUGGCGAUGCGGCGGAGGCGCUCGCUAUCCGAUCCCUAAUGGCGGGCGAGGAAGGAUAUUCCAACGAGGGCCAAAUCGCCGUGAGCAGCACGAAGGGAUCUAUCGGGCACCUUCUUGGAGCUUCUGGUGCGAUCGAAGCCCUGUUCUCAAUACUAAGUAUCACCUCGAAUAUACUUCCUCCUACACUAAAUCUUGAGGAAUCUGACGUUGAACCGAAGUUCAACCUUGUGCCUCUUAAAGCGCAGGAAAAGGAAGUCAACGUUGCCUUAUCAAACAGUUUUGGCUUUGGAGGUACCAACGCAACGCUAGUCUUCUCUCGACUCAGUUGAAUUUGCUUGCGAGCAUUCAGCUUAUCCAAGCAAAGUUUGUAUGAUGUCAUUGUAAAUAGGUAGAAACGUCAAUAUUCCACCUGCACAUGUCGAUGUUGGGUGCAUAUUAUAGUAGUAUCAUUGAUGUAAUACAUACAGCCGCAAGUCACAAAGUCUGCAUACAUGUAUGUAGGUAGUUACCUGGUACUACUAGGUACUGUACUACUGUACUAUGUAUUGUAA